AUGGCAUUCCAGAAAAGGCUAAGUGGAGGCACGCCGGCCAUGAAAAGCAAUAACCUGCUGAGAGAACGUCGCCCUUGCAGCUUAUGUUGUUCUGAUUCGCAACAAAACCACGGUAACAAGCCGCCGUUAUGGAAGGCCAGCGUCAGCGAAGUUUUGCGCGCUUUUUGCGAAGACACAAGCGGCCAUGGUUUCGCGCACAUCUGGACACACUGGCGGUCUCUUCUGGGAAUAGUGUGGCUCGUCAUCACAAUAACCAUGCUGGUUUUCCUCGUCAGUGCGGUCAUUAACCUGUUCAAGGAUUUUACGGCUCGGGAAAUCAGCUCGAAGGUUACAACGAAGCAUAGUCUGGAAGAAGGUCUGCAAUUGCCCUCUGUUGCCCUUUGCAAUCGAGGUAUUUUCUCGCGCUAUAAACUCGAAGGUAAGCCAAAGGUGGUAUGGACUUGCUUGGAAUUUGAUUGUUUCGUUGUGUGA